AUGGAAAGGGAGUUCUCCUACGACCAGUACUUUGAACAGGCAGCUGAUUACGUCAGCCACUACGACCAGAUCCACCUCUCUGAAUUCGAAUACGAUGAUGAAUGUGGAACAUACACGUAUCCAUGUCCAUGUGGAGAUGACUUUGUUAUUACGGUGGAUGAGAUCAGAAAUGGUGAAACAAUAGCACGGUGCCAAUCAUGUUCACUGAUUGUAUUGUGUUUGUAUGAUAUAGAUAGUAAAAUGAUGAUGUGA